GCCGAUAUCAGAGCUAUUAUUUGAGAUCCCUAUCUCAUAUCACCUAGCACAAGCCAUGCGUUUCUCAUUCCUCCUCACUAUUGUUACUGCUUUGACGACAUCUAUAAAAAAAACGCCAAGUGCUCGGGCACGCGCGACAAAUCAUGCUGCGAUCCUUUUACUUGUGUACAGCGUAAUGAUGUCGAUGGUCCAGUGCCGCAAUUUAGCUGCGGGUACAUCAGGAAACAACCAAUAUCGUCGUAGGCACGGUGACAACUAUAUAGGCAUAUGUAGGCACCGUAGCGCUAUGUAGGCACCCUUUAGGCUACAUAUAAGUAUAUAGCGCUAUAUAGCCUAAAGCCACGCUACAUACAGCUACAGGAGUUAUGACUGUGCUACAGGUAGCUACAGGAUACUACAGG